AUGGCUGCUACUGCUGCACUAGUCUUUGCAGGGAAGUCGGUUGCAACCCCAGCCAUCUCAUUCAUCGUGAACAAGGCAUUCGGUUAUCUCAGUGAGUGGUACAAGCCUAACGAUCUAGAGGAGCUCAAGAAUAAUCUGUCAGAAAAGCUCACGGACAUCCAAGCGGUGUACGAUGUUGUUGAUCAUCAGGAGAUCAGUGAGCAGAGCAAUGGACUGGCUGAGUGGCUCUGGCGAUUCCGCGAUGCAGUCGAGGAGGCUGAGGAUGCACUUGAUGAGAUGGACUACCACAAGCUUAAAGAAGAGGCAGAAGCCCACAGCCUAGGACAGAUUGUUGGCAAGGCUGCAAGGAUGACUCCUGAGGGAAACAUGGUAGAGAAGCUGAGGGAGGCCAUAGAGAGGUUAGAAAGUGUUGCUAAAGAUUUGGGUGGUUUCCUUCAGCUUUUAUGCCGUGUUGAUAAUCUUGUCCUGCAAGAUCGUGCUGAAAGAAGUGUAUACCAGACUAGCUCCACUUUGGUGCCUAUUGAGAUAUUUGGUCGUGACAGUGAGAAGAACCAGGUGAUAAGGUGGUUGACUGAUAAUGUACAUGAUGAUCCAGAUACUGUUACUCAGGUACCGGUUUUUGCAAUAAUCGGAAUUGGAGGUAUAGGAAAGACAACCCUUGCUCAGAUUGUCUGCGAAGAGUUGAAAGAUUCAGCACACUUUGACUGUAUUUUGUGGGUACAUGUUUCUGAUAAUGUUUUCAGUUCAACAAGGAUAAUGAAGAAGAUCUUGGAGGCAGUUACAAAAGAGAAGCCUAAUGCUGAUACUUUGGAAGCAUUGCAACAGAUUCUCAAGGACAAACUUGGCCUUAAUAAAGUUCUGCUUAUUCUGGAUGAUGUUUGGGAAGAUAGCAAAAUGAUUGAAUGGGAAACAUUAAUGGCUCCUUUGCGGAGUAUCCAGAGAGGAAGCAAGAUUCUGCUGACAACCCGAAUGAGAUCUGUGGCAGAUAUGAAGUAUGCAUUUGAUGGUUUGAAUUCAGAAGAUUAUGCACAUCUCUUGCCAAUUGCUGAAAAAAUAGCAAAAAAGUUUCAUGGCUGUCCUUUGGUAACAAAGAUUGCAGGUGGCCAUCUACAGAACAACAUAAGUGAUCAGCAUUGGGAAGGCUUGCACAGACAAUUAGAACAUUUAGAAGGAAGCACUGAUGUUAUCAUCACAACUGUUCUUCGAUCGAGCUACCAUCACCUACCUGAGCACUUGCAGCUUUGUUUUAGAUACUGUAGUAUAUUUCCAAAAAAUCACAAGUUUAAGAAGGUAGACAUAGUGAAAAUGUGGAUGGGUUCAGGACUGAUCCUACAAACAGAAGGUGGAACUGAAAGGCCAGAAGACAUGGGAGGAAGAUACUUUGUGCAGUUGGCAAGAAAGUCAUUCUUUACUUUUGUGCCAACAGUAAAUCCUUACCAGAAAUACAGCACAGAGUACUAUGUCAUGCAUGAUUUAUUGCAUGAGUUGGCACGUAAUGUCUCUACCGGUGAAUGCCUAAGACUUGAAUCCGGUGGUUUUCUGCAUCAUAAGUGUACAGUUAGACACUUAUGGAUAGCAAACUUCAGCAAGUUAUCAUGUGAGGAGAUCAAGGCCAUUUCCUGCUUUAAGAGUUUGCGUACACUCGUCAUGGAAGAUUCUUAUCAUGUCAGCACUGGUCAUGUAUAUGCACUGGAGGAAGUUAUAGAAAAACUUAAGUGCUUACGGUUAUUGAGCUUAAAAGGGGUAACCAAGUUCUGUUUCCCAAAAGAAGUUGCUAAUAAGCACCUUCGUUAUAUCUCUUUCUCUACGAUUGAGAAAAUACAUGGACUUUCUAAGCUCUAUCAUUUACAAGUACUUAUUGCAGCGAAAAGAAUAGGUACAGCAUCAGAACAAGUGGAGAAUAUGGAAAACCUGUUUCACCUGCGGUAUGUGUCCUAUGGUACUAAUGGAUUUGGUCAGUGUCCUGUUGGCAGAUUAACUUCACUUCAAGAAUUGUAUAACUUCAGUAUUCAGUCAAAGGAAGGUUACCGAAUAAGUUCAUUGAUGAAUUUAACAAGCCUUUGCAAGCUACGACUGUGCAACCUUGAGAAUGUUGAAAGGCAUGAAGAGGUUAUAGAGGCCAAGAUAAAUGAGAAAUCCUAUCUUAGGUCACUGUCACUUAACUGGUCUGAAACUAAUGAUGCUCUGAAGGAAGACAAUCUGGUUCUUGAUAUACUUGAGCCACAUGCUCGUCUUGAAAAUCUUGAAAUUACAGGAUACAGUGGUGUCCGAUUCCCACCUUGGAUAAACCAUCCCCCUCUGGUCAAUAUGGUAUCACUUGAGCUGAGACAGUGCAAAAAUUGGGUGUGCCUUCCAUCUCUUGGAAAUCUACAGCUACUCAAGCAUCUCGAAUUGCAAAACCUUACUGGAUUGAAACAGAUUGGACAAUCAUCUGGUGAUUCCUUGCCUCAAAAUCUGAAAACCCUAGUGGUGGAAGGAUGCCAGGGAUUAAGAAAACUGCCACUUCUACCUCUGACUUUGAUGCAGCUGGAAAUAAAUAAUGUUGGAUUGGACAUCCUCCCGAGAAUAGUUGUCCACCAUGGUAACAUUGGUUCUGAGGCCAUGCCACCCAAGCUAGUAUCAGUCAUCAUCAGCAAUUGUUCAAAUUUGACUACGUUGGCAGAGAGCUUUCUACUGCAGGAGCACUAUAUCUGCACUCUUCAGAUCCUAAAGAUUGUUGACUGUAAAAAGUUAAUCCAUGCUCCUUUAUCAUUUGGGAGCAUGAAUGACCUUACAGAAUUUCGCAUUGGGAGCUGUUAUUCAUUGAGAAUGAUGGAGAGGGUUGAUGGUGGACUACUCCCUUGCACGCUUAAAGAACUCUCUAUGGUGCAGUGUGGUGACCUCCAACUUCCUCUGCUGAAUUCACUGGUUGGUCUGUCUAAUCUUACGUCACUGAGUUUGUGCAACUGCUCCAGGGUGAAGUCUCUUCCAUCAUCAGAGGUGUUCCGGAGUCUCACAGCACUGCGGGAAAUGGUUAUCAUGAACUGCAUUUUCUUGUCAUCCUUGGGUGGGCUUGGAGCUCUUUCAUAUCUCAGUUGGCUAGAAAUUACAGACUGUGAAUGCGUUAACCAGAAUUAUCUCCUGUCAGUUUGUGAUCUGGGCAUCCAUUUAACUAUGUCUGUGGUUCUCUACGAGGAAAGAGAACUAAAAGGUAAAUUCUAA